UAAUAAUUGGCGCGAAAAUCGACGGCAACAUUUGCUACACUACGAUGGCGGACGACUCCGAUUUCGCUUUCAAUCUCCAGUUGGAAGAAGCACUGACCGCCUCCCUCCUCGACGGUACCAUUUCUUCCCCCAAUGCCGACGGAGUCACCUACGACGCCGUUUUCGGCCCCGUUCUGUCGGACGCCCUCCAGCGCGACGAUCUCUACAAGUACGAGUGCGAGCUCCUCAACCAGUACAGUACGCAGGCCGCGGAGAAGCGCCUCCGCCUCGACUUGUGCCGCCAGGUCCACGACCGCGCCUUCGCCUGCGAGAUUUCCAACAUACCGGAGGAGGAGUGGAGGAAAAUCGGGGAUGAGCUGCAGAAGCCGUACGGAGAAGGCUCCUCAUCGAGUGGGAAAUGUUGGGGAUUUAGGGUUUACGUCAAGGGUUUGGUGCAGGGGAUCGUGGCCGGCGUUGCGGUUGUGAUACGUGACGACAAUGGCGGAUCGGUGUUUGAAUUGAGCAAGGGAUUGAGCGGAAAAAAUCAGAUUAUUGGUGAAGAGAUGGUUGAGUUGAAAGCUUUGAUUGAAGGACUUGAAGCCGCCGUGAUGCUGGAGUUAAAGAGGGUUACCAUUGUUACUGAUAAUCGGUUGCUGUACUUGCAUAUCACUGGCAAAAACCGGGAGAUCAGGGAAACUUUUGCUGUGCUAUCUAACCAGAUAGAUCUUCUUCUGCGGAAAUUAGGCAAUCCCGGUGCAUCUUUUGUAACUCGCCAUGAUAAUGUGUUUGCUGUUGAACUUGCUAGGAAGGCAAUUGCAUUUGAGGUCAAGCGAUCAGCAGGAAGCAGUGGCACAAAGAAUCUGAUGAAGACAUGCACAAUAUGUUUGGAAGAUACAGAUGUGGAUCAGAUGCUCUUAAUUGCAGGUUGUCUGCAUAGCUACUGCUUGUCAUGUAUGUCAAAAUAUGUCCACUAUAAGUUGCUUCAGGGCAUUCUACCUAAAUGCCCCAAUGAGAACUGCAAAUCUCUGUUGGAACUUGAUAGUUGCAGAAAAUUCCUGACUCCGGAAUUGUUCGACAUAAUGUGCCAGCGUGUGAAGGAAGCAUCAAUCCCACCAGCGGAGAAAAUUUAUUGCCCCUACUCAAGAUGUUCUAGUUUGUUAUCGAAAACAGAGCUUCAAGGUUCCAAGGGUGAUGCGAUUGAAGUAUUGGGUUGUAGGAAGUGCUCUCAUUGUGGUGGCCUUUUCUGCAUCAAUUGCAAAGUCCCUUGGCAUAGUAAUAUGAGCUGCUCUGCAUUUAAAACCGGUAAUCCCAGCUCCAGUAAUGAAAAGAAACUGAAGUCAUUGGCUACUAAGAAUCUCUGGCGUCAAUGUCCCAAGUGCAGCCAUAUGGUUUCACUUUCUGUAGGAUGCUACCACAUUUACUGCAGGUGUGGGCACGAGUUUUGCUAUACAUGUGGAGCAGAAUGGCGAAACAAGAAAGCUACAUGUCGUUGUCCUAUCUGGGACGAGCACAACAUCGUAUAUGAUAACUAAGAUUGAGAAGAAGCAAGAUAGAGUGUGAUGCUCGGUGCUUCUACGCUCCUUGUUCCUUGGUAAAGAUCACUUUUUGGCAGGCUGACUUUCUUUUUUCAAGAUUAGAAUCUGAUGGAUAUAACAUACUCAUCCAGAUGUUUUUGUUUUGUUUUGUUUCGUUUCCUGCGCAAUUUUUGUGUAAUUGUGCUGCACAUUUUGGAAAUGUGGUUACGCUUGGCUUCUA